GUAAGCCUGUCGCCGCACACUACUAGACUUUGACGACUGACGACCCUAGUUGUGACUGAAAGAAAGGAUGCUGCUACUCCGCUCCUCCCGUUCCAUCUUCUCCAUCGCUCGUAACAAUAAGCUGCAGCUUGCGGCGCUUCCACAGCUCGCGCGUGGUGUAGUUGCAGCUUCUACUCCUGUAGGCGCAUUUGCCGGGGCCGCUCGCCUUCAGCAGUCAGAGAAGCGCCAGGAGAAGCGUUUCACCACUCGCUCAGCCCAAAUGGCCGCUGCCGCUACUGAGACGGAGGAACUACCCGAGAUCCAGCAGGAGGAGCAUAAGCAGCCGCCGCACCCCUCCACGCCGCAGCAGAAGUUCCGCAAGGACUACGCACCGCCGCCCUACCUGGUCAGCAAUGUGCACCUCAACUUUGACCUGCGCGAGGAUGUCAGCACCGUCACCAGCAGGCUGCACAUGCUGCCCAACUACGGACAGCUGGCGGCGGGCGCGGCGCGGCCCGCUCUGACGCUGGACGGGCGCAAGGACGUGAAGCUGGUGUCGGUGACGGUAGCUGGCAAGAAGCUGGAGGCGGGGGAGUACGAGCUGACGGAGAAGACCCUCAGCCUCAGCGGCCUGCCCGAGGGCGAGUUUGAGAUUGUGAUCGUGACGGAGCUCAAGCCGCAGGACAACACGCUGCUAGAGGGGCUGUACAAGUCCAGCGGCAACUACUGCACACAGCCGCCGGGGUGACUGACGGAUAGCCACGGAAAGGGGCGUGCGUGUGCGUGUGUGUUAUGUAGAUAAAUGUGGAUUCUGCAUGCGAAGGAAAACGCCAAGCGCGCGCCCGUCCAUGCAUGUGUUUGUGUGUAUGUGUAUGUGUGUGGCUUGGCUUGGAGGGACACCGCAAGCCCAAACC